AGCACGAGUACUAACGCAGCUACUUCUGUUCACAAUUGGUAUUUCACACAACAAGGCGAUAUGUCCGCGCGGCACACAUUUGGAUAAAUUGAAAUUUAGUCUCGUACGCACGUGUCAGCGCUCAGAAAUGCCGGCAAUCGCCUAUAAGAAUGCAUUUACCUUGGAGGAUUGCGUGCGUGAGGCGAAAUCAGCGCGCGGCUUAGCUUUGAAUUUUGGCACGCGCUUAAGAAGCAAGCAGAUGGGGGCGGGUAGUGAUGCUUUUGCAAUACUGCUAACGAGGUUGCAACAAAGUAUGAUCACGCGUCCCAACUCGACACACAAUAAAGAAAAUCGGCAAAGCGUCUGGCAGCAGCCACAACACCACUUCAAUUGUCACAUACUCGCUUGCCCCGAGAACAACACAAUGCGUAGUCUGGUGAAUGACAGUCGCUACGAUUACUAUAGCUUAUAUGGCGAGUCAAUCGCAACACGCAAUUACACCUGCGUACCACAAGUGGGCUUGUUUCAGUUGCAGGUGAGGUCGGCGAGUUUCGUUAAUGCCACACGGUAUUGCCGCAAUGCAACAGAUAUUGGUGGCGUGGCCAUGUUGGCGCAUGUUGCGUCAGCAUUACGCACGAAUGCGUUUGCGGCGCUGCUACGUAACUAUAAUGAGGCAGCGAGGCAACAGCGGGAACGUCAGCACACCUUGGCUUAUGUGGGCCUGCAUUUCAAUCGCUCCUACAGCAGUGAAGCUAUUGAGUAUAGAAAUAUUGAACAGGAACCCUUACAUUGCUUUCAAUACGCAGCGUGGGCGCCGGGUCAUCCUCGCACCGGGGAAAUGCUUGCGAAUGUAAGCUGCGUUGCCGUGAGCAGCGAGAACACCUGGCUGACGGUAGAUUGUGAGCGUGAAUUACCUUCUAUAUGCGAGAUUUAUACGUCGAGAAGUGUUUUGAAUGAAACGUUUAUUAUUGAAGGCAUAUGUGCACUCAAAACUUCAUAAUAUUUUAGACUUAUUUUACUUUACUUUAAGAGCUUGUAUCUUAAAGAAAAAAAUAAGUACUAACGCGAAAAGAAAUAAUAAUAAUAAAAUGCGAAUACCUCCUGCAAUAAAUGUUUUCUGUAAAUACAGUUACAUUUCCGAACGGAAGCUCUUCCACAUUUCAAUUACAACUCAGCUAUACUGCAAUAGGUGGCGCCACAUAGCAAU